CUUUUGUUCUGCCAGAUUGCAAAAGUGGCCUCCACCAACUUGGGCAAAAUAUUCGCCAUUAUCACCGGAUUGUUCAACGGUACAAAUCCUAACCUCAUUCCUCCACCGGAAAUCCACUCGAAGUACAACAAUCUACACAUCCACCUGGAUUCACUUCCUUUAGAUCAAAUUCUUCUAAGGAUCAAAAACUAUUUCAAAUUCGUAUUCGUCAGAGAUCCAUUUGAACGGCUUCUGUCAGCCUACAGAAAUAAGUUCAUGAAGCCUCCAAACAGUUCCUUCGAGUACCUCAGCCGCAAAAUGGUCAAAGUGUACCGAACAAACUCUACUCUGCGAGGAGGCGUAACGUUCGAGGAAUUCGUGAAGUAUCUUGUAGAUCCAGCUCAAAUUAUUCCAACAAACCCUCAUUGGCAGCCGUUUUACGAGCUGUGCAGACCUUGUGAGAUGAUGUAUGACUUUGUGGGGAAGCUGUCAACCUUCAAUGAAGACACUCGGUAUAUCCUGAAAAUUAAUAAAUUAGAAAAACUUGUCGAGUUCCCCAAAACCCCAGAUAGUCCUCAUACUUUGCAUAAAACUGACACUCUUUUGAAUAGUUAUUAUUCCAAAAUUCCAAAAGAAUUACUGCGAAAACUUUACAAUGUGUAUUACCCUGACUAUGUUUUGUUCGAUUUCAACAUCCCACCUGCAAUUCAAAAGCUUUUGAAAUGA